AUGGCCCCUGAUAUACCCCCACCAUGCUACCACCAUGCUACCACCAUGUCUCUACCAUGCUACCACCAUGCUACCACCAUGCUACCACCAUGCUACCACCAUGCUACCACCAUGCUACCACCGUGCUACUACCAUGCUACCACCAUGUUUCUACCAUGCUGCCACCAUGUUACCACCAUGCUACCACCAUGCUACUACCAUGCUACCACCAUGAUACCACCAUGCUACCACCAUGCUACUACCAUGCUACCACCAUGCUACCACCAUGCUACCACCAUGCUACCACCAUGCUACUACCAUGCUACCACCAUGCUACCACCAUGCUACCACCAUGCUACUACCAUGCUACCACCAUGUCUCUACCAUGCUGCCACCAUGCUACCACCAUGCUACCACCAUGCUACUACCAUGCUACUAAUAUGCUACCAACAUGCUACCACCAUGCUACCACCAUGCUACCACCAUGUCUCUAUCAUGCUACCACCAUGCUACCACCAUGCCUCUACCAUGCUAUCACCAUGCUACCACUAUGCUACCACCAUGCUACCCCCAUGUUACCACCAUGCUACCACCAUGUCUCUACCAUGCUACCACCAUGCUACUACCAUGCUGCCACCAUGCUACCAACAUGCUACCACCAUGCUACCACCAUGCUACCACCAUGCUACCACCAUGCUACCACCAUGCUACCACCAUGCUACCACCAUGCUACCACCAUGUCUCUACCAUGCUACCACCAUGUCCGCCGUCUGA